AUGCUACCCUGCCACGUGCCGAAUUUAAGGCAUCCAUCCAAGUGGAUGUUUGCCCCUCUCCUCCUUUUCCUGGCUGAGCUCGGCUGCAGCGCCCAACCCACUUACCAAUGGAAAGAUGCUGUGACAAACAAGAAGCUCACCUGCCAGCAGUGCCCGCCGGGGACCUUCGUGGCACAGCACUGCACCCAGGACAGACAGACGGUGUGCGAACCCUGCCCGGAUUUGCACUACACGCAGUACUGGAACUACCUGGAGAAGUGCCGGUACUGUAAUGUCAUCUGCGAGGAGAAGCAGGUGGAGGUGCAGCAGUGCAAUUCCACCCACAACCGCGUCUGUCAGUGCCAGGAGGGCUACUACUCCGAGAUGGAGUUCUGCAUCAAGCACUCCGAGUGUCCGCUGGGCUUCGGCGUAGAGAAACUGGGUACCCCCUUCGAGGACACCAAGUGCCGUGCCUGCCCCCGCGGCUUCUUCUCUUCCUCCAACUCCAGCAUCAAGCCGUGCCAACCGCACCAGAACUGCGAGGAGCAGGGGAAGGUGACCAACGUGCAGGGCAACCAGUACCACGACACCCUCUGCACCUCCUGCAGACUGGGGAAAAGCAACAGCACUCAGGGACCAGCACCCUGAGAUGACGACUGUGAGCAAGCCAUGAUAGACUUUGUGGCAUACCAGAACAUCCCCGUCAGAAAGCUGAAGCGCCUGCAGCAAAUCCUGGAGCACUCACCGAGGAAGCAAGCACUGGAGACCAGGGCGGCCGUCCAGGAGAAGUUCAGGGCUUUCCUCAUCCACCUCAAAGAGGGGCACUACGAGGUCACCAAGGAGCUGCUGGACGCGCUGCGAGUUGCCAAGCUGCACUCUAUCGAGGAGAAGGUCCGCGAGCGCUUCCUCCUGUAA